GAGAAGAAAGCAGCAUUGAUCGUAUGGAAAUAUCUGGAACCCACACACUUUGAUCAAAAGAACUGCUUUCCACUCAAGCAUAGUUCCAGGUUGUAAAUGUUCUCUCAGAUAACUGGCACUGUGUGCUGUGAUGCUGGAGGAUGGCACCCGAACAUGGGGAGACAUGUGCCAAGAUUCACACCCAUUUUUGUUGUUUUGGCACUGUCAGUGUUUAUAUUGCUUGUCUGCAACAUUACAUCACUGGAAAAGUGGAACUGUCAGGCAAUGUCCACUUUCUACCAAAUCCAAAACAGCAUCCAUUCAGCCUUCAGGUCUGCUGAAACCCUGUGGCCGCUAGAACUCAACAAUACAUACUGUGCUCACCUGGGCCAGGAACCCACCUUACAGGAGAUCAGAGAAGAGGGAUAUCUGCUCAAUUCAAUUUCAUGGCCAGGCCCCCCAGAGAAAGACCUGCCUUUGCGCCUCAGCAGUGACCCUCUUCAGAGCUAUUUUGUAAUUCAGGGCUCAUCAGAGCAGCGGGUAGGCAAUCAGCUUGUGGUUGACGUCCAUAUGCUAAAUUUUAUGGGUCAGCCUAAGAAGCAUGGUGGAGAUUUCUUGGUUGCACGGCUGCAUUCACCUGAGUUGGGUGCUGGAGUUGCAGGUCAAGUGCAUGACCACUGCAAUGGCAAUUAUACAGUGCUCUUUCCUCUUUUGUGGGCUGGCAUAGUGCAAGUAGAAGUUAUUAUGGUGCACCCCAGCGAGGCUGUGGUUGUGCUAAAGCGCCUGCGGAAGGAGCAACCAGAUAGAGUAUAUUUUAAAAGCUUGUUUCGCUCUGGCUUUCUGUCGGAGACCACAGUGUGCAAUCUUUGCCUACCGCCCAAGCAGCAACCACUCUGUAAUUAUACUGACCCCCAAACUGGAGAACCUUGGUACUGCUACAAACCCAAAAUGCUUGGUUGUGACACACGAAUCAAUCAUUUUAAAGGGGGCUAUAAGAAAAGCCUACUUACUAACUACGAAGCACAGUUCUUUCAAAGUGGUGUGAAUAUUAAAGUUCCUAUACAUGCAUCAGGGAUGUACAAUGUGACUGUAUUACCUGGAGUAAGAGGAAAAAACAAAGUAAAAAGAAUUAAACUCGCCACCUCUGGAUACUACUAUCAUGACUUAUGGAGACCUUUGAGUGGGAAAGUCAUGCAACAAUUCAAUGACUCAUCAGCUAUAACACAGUGUCUUAAAGGGAAGGUUGUAUACAUGUUUGGAGAUUCUACUGUACGGCAAUGUUUUGAGUAUCUUAAGUCCUUUGUUCCUGAGCUAAAAGAGUUAAACCUUCACAGCCCUAAGAAUGUGGGGCCAUUCAUGGCUGUAGACAUUGCAAACAGUAUACUUUUAAGCUACCGUUGCCAUGGGCCACCAAUUCGCUUUACUUCUGUGUCCACCUCUGAGCUGCACUAUGUAGCAAAUGAGCUGGACAGAAUUCGGGGUGGACCAGACACGGUGGUUCUUGUGGGUGUCUGGUCUCACUUUAGCACCUUUCCAGUAGAGGUGUACAUCCGGCGCCUCCGGCAUAUCCGUAGAGCUGUAGUGCGUCUACUGAACCGUGAGCCGGCCACUCUGGUGGUCAUUCGAACUGCCAAUCUGCAGAAGCUUGAGCCAGAAUCCAGCUUAUUUAAUAGCGACUGGUUUUCUCAGCAACAGGAUGUUGUGCUGCGCGCCAUGUUCCGAGGACUCAAUGUGCGUCUGCUGGACGCCUGGGAGAUGACACUGGCUCACCACCUUCCCCAUCAGCUGCACCCACCCCCAGUCAUUGUUAAAAAUAUGGUGGACCUGAUCCUGUCUCACAUCUGUUCUGUCAAAAAAAAAAAGAAGAGGAUUUAAAAAAAGAUUAAAACAUGCAUAUAAGGGAUAGGUAAGGAUCUGAGAAAUAGUGAAAAAAUACAGAUUAUAAAAUAUUAGUUGUACAGAAAUGAAUGAAGGUGAUAAUCAUUAACUUGUAACAGUUUAAAUUGCUUUAAAUUAGGGAAAUACUUUAUAAUUGCUAACAAUAAUUUUAUCUUUUCGAGUCGAAUCACAGACCAUUCCUUUAAAACUAAGACUGAGUAGUUCAGACAAAACAAAAAGUUAAAGGUGUAAUGUAACCUUGAGUUACAUUACAAUCCAGGGCAGCACAGUUGCUCAGUGGGUAGCACUUUUUCCUCACAGCAAGAAGGUCUUGGGUUUGAUUCCCAGGUGGAGCAAUCCCUGUCCUUUCUGUGUUGUUUGCAUGUUCUCCCCGUGUUAGCAUGGGUUUCCUUCGGGAGCUCCGGUUUCCUCCCACAGUCCAAAGACAAGCAAGUGAGGUGAAUUGGAGAUACAAAAUUGUUCAUGACUGUGUUUAAAAUUAAAGACUUGAUCUGAUAAAUCUUGUCAUUUUACGUGGCCUACCACUUCGUGGCUUAGUUGCAGUCGUUCCCAAUCACAUCCACUUGGUUAUAAUAGCACUGACAGUCGACUGUGGAAUAUUUAGUAGCGAGGAAAUUUCACGACUGGACUUGUUGCACAGGUGGCAUCCUAUCACGGUACCACGCUGGAAUUCACUGAGCUCCUGAGAGUGACCCAUUCUUUCACAAAUGUUUGUAGAAGCAGUCUGCAUGCCUAGGUGUUUGUUUUUAUACACCUGUGGCCAUGGAAGUGAUUGGAACACCUGAAUUCAGUGAUUUGGAUGGGUGAGUGAAUACUUUUGGCAAUAUAGUGUAUUUAUCAAUAUUGAUAACCAGUCAACUUAAUGUUGGACUAAAUGUGAAUUACAAGGCCUCCCAAAACUAGCUAUGUGCUUUUGUUAACUAUGCCAAAAAUAAUGAAAAUGCUGUGCCAAUGUUACUCACAUUAUAAAAGCAAACUUAGAAUCUAAUUUACUUUGCAUUUUUUAAAAGUACAUUACUAUAUACUGUUAACUAAAUCACUAGGAAUGUACUAAGAUUGUGUACCUGUAACCAGUGCAAUGUAUAGGCCUAUUAGUUGCUAACCAACUUGGCUUCAAGUUCUGGGUUUUGGUAAUGUUACCUAAUCUGCAUAAAAUGGUUAUGAGAGAA